AUGGGUAUACCUUCUACCGACCUCGUCUCGGCUCAUACGGUCCAACUUGAGCGUCUAGAGCAAGAACUCUUGAAGACCAACUUCCGAAAUGGACUCUCCAAUGCCGAGGCUGCUCAUCGCCUUCAGCAAGAUGGGCCGAACACGGUUGAGGGAGCUAAAGGGUUAUCCGUGUGGAAGAUUCUCUUAAGACAGGUCUCGAAUAGUUUGACCUGUGUUCUCAUCGCCGUCAUGGCAAUCUCAUACGCCAUCAAGGACUAUAUAGAAGGAAGUGUCAUUGCUGCAGUUAUUCUUCUCAACAUAGUAGUCGGGUUUUGGCAGGACUUCAACGCCGAGAAGUCCAUCCGCGCUCUUUACGCACUUUCUGCACCCACGUGCAAGGUCAUGCGCGACGGCGGCGCGACCACCAUCAAGGCCGAGGACCUCGUGAGAGGCGACGUCGUCAUGCUCAGUGUGGGCGACAUCAUUCCGGCAGACCUUCGAUUGAUUGAUGGCCUCAACCUCACAACGGACGAGGCCCUCCUUACCGGCGAGUCCAUGCCAAUCAGCAAGCACCCGGAGGUCGUCCUGACCGAGGCCGACGUGCCGCUGGGCGACCGCGUCAACAUGCUAUAUUCGGCCAGCACUAUCACGCGUGGUCGAGGAAGCGCUGUCGUGGUGGCCACGGGUAUGGGGACUGAAGUUGGCAAGAUCGCUGAGAUGCUGAGGGGCAAGCCGUCCACUGAGGGUUUGUCCCAAGCCACUCAAUUGCUAAUCAGGGUCAAGGCGACUGUCAACAGCAUCCUCGGGUUUGACGGCACUCCGCUUCAAGUCAAGCUGAGCAAGUUCGCCCUGCUCCUCUUUGCACUGGCCAUUCUUCUGGUUAUCAUCGUCUUCUCGGCCAGCAGGUUCAAUAUCAGCGAUGAAGUUCUGAUAUACGGCAUCUGCGUAGGCGUUGCGGUCAUCCCUGAAUCUCUCAUUGCGGUACUUACUAUUAGUAUGUCCAUUGGGACGAAAGCGAUGGCUAGAGGCAACGUCAUUGUCCGCAAGCUUGCAGCACUCGAGGCUGUCGGCGGAGUCACCAACAUCUGCACCGACAAGACGGGUACCUUGACGCAGGGUAAAAUGAUCACGAGGAAAAUCUGGCUCCGAGAUGGAUCCAUGGCCACGGUAGAGGACUGCACGCACCCCUUCGAUCCCACAAGUGGAAAGGUGGUCUGGGGCCCGUCGGAUGGAGAAACAACAGAGAAGUCUAAAUUGAUAUCGAGACUUCCGGACGGCGCUAAAGCCUUCGUUGAAUGCAUUUCGCUCUGCAACAACUCUACGAUUACCGACGGGAAGGUUGGUGCUGCCGAUGAACUCGCUGAGACAUCGACAACAUCAACGAAUGCUCCCUCCAAGUGGACCGCGACUGGAGAGCCCACCGAGAUUGCCCUCCACGUCUUUGCUAUGCGCUUCGGUUUGAGCAAGAACACCAUCGUCCAAUCUAGUUCAUCUAAGUUCGUUGCCGAGUUUCCCUUCGACUCUACCUGCAAGCGUAUGACGGUUGUAUACAAGAACUCGGAUGGAGACUUUGUGGUAUACACAAAGGGUGCCCUAGAGGCAAUUCUCCCGCUGCUGGAUGCUUCCACGGAACUGAAAGCCGAAUUGACACAGAGGGCCGAGCCCAUCGCUGCUGAAGGGCUACGCGUUCUUUGUAUCGCGCAGAAGGUUGUUCCCGCCGAUGAUAAGAUCCGCAGCGAGCGGGAGGCAGCCGAAUGUGACCUGCUUCCACUUGGACUUGCUGGAUUGUACGACCCUCCUCGCCCGGAAACACUGGUCGCCGUUCGCGAGUCCAAGCAAGCAGGUAUCACAGUUCACAUGCUGACUGGAGACCACAUCAAGACGGCGACUGCAAUUGCUCACGAAGUUGGUAUCCUAAGUACUGGUAUUGCAUCUGGUGCAGCUGCCGAAGCUAUUAUGCCGGCUAGCUCUUUCGAUGCAUUAAGUGAUGGAGAAAUCGACAAACUAGAGAGACUUCCAUUGGUUCUAGCGCGUUGUAGUCCAUCGACCAAAGUCAGAAUGGUUGAGGCAUUGCAUCGUCGCGGCGCAUUCUGUGUCAUGACAGGAGAUGGUGUGAACGACUCGCCCGCCCUUAAGAAGGCGGAUGUCGGUAUUGCCAUGGGUCUCAAUGGAAGUGAUGUGGCCAAGGAGGCCGCAGACAUGGUUCUGACAGACGACAACUUUGCCUCCAUCAUCACUGCCAUCAGAGAAGGAAGACGUCUGUUCCACAAUAUUCAGAAGUUUCUACUCCACCUUUUGGUUUCAAACAUCGCUCAAGUCAUUCUAUUACUCAUUGCCUUGGCUUUCAAGGACGCCGGGGGCCACUCUGUCUUUCCGCUUUCCCCAUUGGAGAUCCUCUGGGCAAACUUGAUUACGUCCUCUUUCCUCGCUGUUGGUUUGGGAUUGGAAGAGGCUCAGCCUGAUAUUAUGCUCCGUCCUCCGCACAGUCUUCGAGCAGGCGUUUUUACCUGGGAGUUGAUCAUCGACAAGAUGGCCUACGGUACUUUCAUGGGAUCUCUCUGUCUCGCCGCCUUUGCCACGACUUCAUAUGGCGCUUGGGGACCGAACCCCGAGAUUCUUGGCGACGGAUGUAAUGCAGAAUACAACUCCACUUGUGCAGUCGCGUUCCGUGCACGUGCAACCACAUUUGCUACGCUGAGCUUCCUGCUUCUCAUUACCGCUUGGGAAGUCAAACACUUCACUCGCUCCCUGUUCAAUAUGAACCCAGAGCUUUACACUGGACCGUUCUCAGUUUUCAAGACUGUUACUCAGAACAAGUUCCUCCUAUACGCCGUGCUAGCCGGUUUUGUCAUCACCUUUCCAGUGAUCUACUUGCCGUUCGUUAACGACACCAUCUUCAAGCACCACGGCAUCUCCUGGGAAUGGGGUGUUGUGUUUGCUUGCGUUGUUGUUUACAUAGCAUUGGUCGAGACUUGGAAGGCGGGAAAGCGCCGAUUCCGCAAGGAGGAGACCACUGUGGUUACUGUUUAA